AUGUCCGGCCGCAACCCGUUCUCAGAAUCCAGCGUCCCGCUGCAAAACCAUGGCGAGCCGCCGCCCUACUCCGCAACCGAGGAAAAAGUGGCCGCCCCUUCGAAAUGGAAUCCCAAGUCGUGGGGCCUGAAGACCAAGAUCGCCGUCGCUGUCGGCAUUGUCGCUGUCAUUAUUGCCAUCAUCUGCGGCGCCUAUUUCGGCGUCAGGAACAACAAGUACCCCAACUACAGCAAGCUCAACUACAGCCUGUCAAAGACAUAUGAGGGCACCUCUUUCUUCGACGAUUGGGACUAUUUCAACACAUACGAUCCCACAAGUGGCUGGGUCCACUACGUCGACAAUGCCACUGCCGCAUCCAUGAACCUCACCUACGCCACUUCCUCCAAAGCCGUCGUCAAAGUCGACACUUCGGAGAACGGCGAGUCCGCCAGCACCGGACGCAAGUCCGUCCGUAUCACGUCGCGCGACACGUGGAACAGCGGCCUCUUCGUCUUUGACAUUUCGCACUCUCCCUACGGCUGCGGCACGUGGCCCGCUGUGUGGCUCUCUGACCCGUAUAACUGGCCGACCCAUGGCGAGAUCGACGUCAUGGAGGGUGUUAACCAGGUGUCCGACAACAAGAACCAGAUGACGCUGCACACAACCAACAACUGCAAGAUGGACCGCAAGCGCAAGAUGAGCGGCACCUCCAUCCACACGAACUGCUACAACGGCACCAACAGUAACGCCGGCUGCGGCGUGUACGGCUCGUCGACGUCAUUCGGAAAAGGCUUCAACAACGUUGGCGGCGGCAUAUACGCUGUCGAAUGGCGCAGCGCCGGUAUCCGCAUCUGGUACUUUGAGCGCGAAGACAUCCCGGACGACCUCAGCAGCAGCAACUCCAGCGCCACACCCGAUCCCAGCUCGUGGGGCGAGGCUUCCGCAGAUUUCCCUGGCACCGACUGCAACAUCGCAAAUCACUUCCGCAACAUGAGCAUCAUCGUCAACAUCGACCUUUGCGGCACCUGGGCCGGCGCCGAGUCUGUCUACACCGACGAGGACGAGUGCCCCGGCACCUGCACCAGCUACGUCACGAACAACGCCACCCAGUUCGAGAAGGCCUACUGGGAGUUCAACAACUUCAGGGUCUACACUGCCAACGGCGAGGCUUCUGUCAGCUCCACCACGGCCUCCACGGCUACUGCUUCGACAACGACUACGGGAGUGUCAUCGGUAGUGGUCUCGUCGGUUGUGGCGACGACGACCGCAGCGCAGGUUAACCCUGGUGGUGACCAGAACAACAACAACAAUAAUAACAAUAACAACAACAACAACAAUAACGGCGGUGGCUAA